AUGAAGACGCCACCUACCUUUCAGAUUAAGGUUGCCAACAUUGGCAAUGUGUCAGCUGGCAAGACCGCUGUUCUCAACGCUCUGUUUCGAGAUAAGUUUGGCGAAGUGUCCAUGAAGCGAACUACGGCCGGUGUCAACGAAUUUGCUAUUUCGAGUGCUGGCGAAGAAUGGGCGCUGGUUGCAGACAGUCCACGUGAAUCCAAAUCGGAUCUGAAAGAAAUGACCGAAGACAACUUGGAGCUUCGAGCUAGCGAUCAAGUUCAGACAAAGCGAUUCGAGAUCGAGUUGGACGAACCUUUGUACGAGAUGCGAAAGGAUACUCAGCUUGUCAUUGUAGAUAUUCCGGGUGUCAAUAAUUCGCUGUUUUCCUACAUUCCGAGAGAUGAACGUAUAUGA